GCGACCGAAGGAUGAGGCGGUGAAAGGUUUGGAACCGUAGCUAAGCAGGUGGAAAAACAGACUAACUUGCGCUGAGGUUGUGGCGCUAUGUCCGAGCCUCUCAAGGUUUGAGAAACAAGCGAAACCUCGCAAAAGACGAGAAUCCACGUAAGAUCAAUGACGUGUUCGCGCAUGCGUUAACCCACGUGUAAAGCAUUGCUGCACGUUUCAAGGAGACGUCGGGAUGUCAAGCUUCUUCCUGCCCUCAAAACGUUCUACCAAAGACAGAAAGAGAAAAAAAUCUGUCGUGAGAAAACCGCGACCCGAGAAAGAGGUCGUCAAAGGCCCUAAAAAGAUCAAAAAGACUGCCAGAGACGAAGAAAUAGAUAGUGAAUCUGACCAUGAAAGCACGAAGGUGGAAAGAAAACCAAACGGGAUAAAGAUAGUGGAUGAUGAUGAGGAGGAGGAGGAGACAGUGGCAGAAAAGAGGCUCCGACUGGCAAAGCAGUACAUAGCUCAAGUGGAGGAAGAGGAGUUGAGUAAGAGAGAAGAUGCCGAGUUGGACUAUGACGCCAUUGCCCAUCGCUUGAAGGAGGAUGUGUUGAGGGAAGCUGGCAAGCUACAGAGGAAAGUUGCAGACACACUCUGUGCUCCUGGGAUUGGUGACGUUCGAACUCUACGUGGUCAUCAGUUGCCAGUUACUUGUCUUGCUGUUACGCCAGAUGAUCGGUUUGCCUUCUCGGGUGACAAGGAUGGAUGCAUCAUAAAAUGGGAUUUAGAGAGCGGUGUCAAAGUUCAUGUCUUCAAGUGCCAGAAGAGAAGGAAGAGAGAGGGGAAGAGGGGAGGGAGGGGGAGAGGGAGGGAGAGAGACGACACACCUGGCCACGCUGGAUGUGUUCUCGGUCUAGCAGUCAGCAGUGACGGGAAAUUUCUUGCAAGUGGAGGGAAGGGUGGUGCCGUACAUGUGUGGGACGCCGAAACCAAUGCUCAUAUCCACAAAUUCACAGGACAUAGAGAUACUGUGUCGGGUCUGGCCUUUCAAGGAAGCAGCCAUGAGCUAUUCAGUUGUUCUCUGGAUAGAACGGUGAAGAUUUGGAAUCUUGACGAGAUGCUCUAUGUGGAGACUCUGUUUGGUCACCAGGACGGAGUGGCAGCCAUCGACUGCCUCCAGCGGGAGAAGCCGGUGACAGCUGGCACCGACGACCGCACGGUCAGGAUCUGGAAAGUGGUGCAAGAAUCGCAGCUUGUCUUCACCGGACAUAAAGCAUCCAUAGACUGCGUGAGAUUGAUAAAUGAAGAGCACUUCAUUACUGGCUCCCAGGACGGGUAUGUACAAAACAACUACAUAUUUUGUUGUGUUUGCUUUAAGUAUUUCAGGAAAUAUUUUUCCUAGCUAUGCAAAUCCAGGUGCACUUCUAUGUUAAGCAAUUUUUAGUAUAUUGAGGUUUUGUGUGGAUUUGACCUUCCCAAUUAACAACUACAUGUCCCAACAUAACUUUUAUUAUAUGUAGCUGCUCGAUUUUUGGUAUAAUUUUAUACUGCUAACCUUUCCUACAUAUAUUAAGGCAUUGUGUUGACCACUACAUGUUCCAUACUCAUUUCCUGCAUUCCUAGUAUAAUAAUUAUAGUAAUGUUUUCAAUCAGGUAUAUAUAUAGUAUGUGGGGCAGGUCCUGUGGGUUUAGACAUGCUUCAUCCACACAUUCCUGAAUGGUUUGCCAAGUGAUUGUAGGCUAUGCUAUUAUUAUGUUUGCCAGUUGUCUAUAGCAGCAAUAUGUACUGGUUGCCUGUAUAUAGCAGCAUUGCACUCUGGGCAGUGGUAAAGAAGAAACCGCUGGUGAGGAGACUCCAUAACUCUGCCGUGUGUGA